GCUUCUUAGUCAUCCUACGAUCAUGUGUUUAAAUCCCUCCAUCCCUCCCGGCAGGCAGUGAGUCUGCUGAGCUGCUCAGUCUGAAGGUCAAAGUCGAGGCAUCAGCAGCAGCUGAAAGCUGUGAGCACUGACCAAACCUUACACCUGGCAGGCAGGCAGGCAGAGCUUCCGCCGUCGGGUCUGCAGUCUCCACCAUCCACAAGUCCGUGCACCACAGGAAGCCCCGAGCCGAGAAACCUGAAGCAGUGAGAGGUUCAAAGCUAACUCUCCGUCCUUUCCACGCAUUCGACAUCAUCACACCAACCCCUCGCAUCACCCCCCCGGAAUCUUCCACCCAACGACCCCCGACAACAAUUUCAAGAUGCCCGGCCUCGUCAACGCUCCCAACCACGUCCCCGAGAAGCAGCGCUACUACCAGCAGGCCUUCAAGAACCACACCCGCCUCUGGAAGAUUGGCCCUCGCAGCGGCAUCAUCAUGACCACCUUCAACAUUGCCAUGUGGGGUACCUUCGGCGCUUCCAUGUACGCCAUGACCCGCAAGGUUCUCGGCUACAACACCUGGUUCUCGGAGGAUUAA